CAAAACAAACUCUCGUGGCUGGUGCAGUUGUGUCUUUCCUUCAAAUCUUUGACGACAUUUUGCUAAAUUACUUAAUAAAUUAUAGCGGUGGCACUUAUGACGCCGAACUCGACCGCCAUGAAGCCCGCAGUGGAUGAGAUGUUUCCGGAAGGAGCGGGUCCUUACGUUGAUCUGGAUGAGGCUGGGGGAAGUACAGGAUUGCUGAUGGACCUGGUUGCCACAGAAAAGGCAGUUCAUGCAGACGUUUUUAAUGACUUUGAGGAGCUGUUUGAUGACGAUGACAUCCUCUGAUCCUCCGAGCGACGAGGAUGAUGAUGAUGAUGAUAUUACUCCGACCUCCCACCCCACACAUACUGACAUUUUUUUCCCUUGUGGAAAAGCAAAGCUGCCAUUUUGCCG